AUGAAAGGAGAACUCGCUCAAACCACGGAAGGCAGGCGAAAGGAUCCUGGCCCGGACGUUGAGGAAACGGAAGUACAAGAUGUUUGUGCCAGAUGCAAAGAAACGAAAGGUCUGUGUGGGUGCAUUAUCUUUGAAGAUGACCGCGUUGUACUGUCUGUUACCAAAUUUGAGAAACCAUACAUUGUACCAAUGCGAUUCCAAAAGUUUCAUGGAAAAGAAUUACCUUGGCAAAUCAUGAAAAGUAAACAAGCUUUAUUCGCCUCCGAACUGAAAUCAUGUAAAACCGAUUUUGCCAGGGAUAACAGAAUUGCCUUCGAGUUCACAUUACCAAUAUACACCGGUAAAGAUCCGCACGAAAUAGGUGAUAUUGAUGUAAACGAGUUUGAUAUUGACGAUUCGUGUGCUUUCGAAGGCGAAUUUUCUUUACCUCUGAAACUGAAUUAUACCAAUAUAAACGAUGAUAUCAGUAGUUUUUCUGCAUCAAACUUUUUAAACAACAAUCAGUUUGACUCCAUUAGCACCUCGAGUUCAGACACGCCAUGUAAGUGUGCAGACAUUGAGCAAGAAGGACUCGUUGAGGACUGUGAUAGAAAAGUGUGGUUAGACGGUACGUUACAGUGUGGAAAACAUGCCAGCAUAAGUUUUGAGUGGAUGAAGUGUGAAGGCGACGCGAAUAUUCCGUCGUCCGUACGUUUGGACUCCAUUGUGCCAUGUGAUUCCCCAGACAACUGUGAUUUCCCUUCAUUUGAUACGUCAUUAUGUGAUGCUUACAUUGACGGGCAACCACCUAAUCUAAAAGUAGAAGUAAAUUCUAACACAAAUGAUGUCGUUGUUGAAAGCAAAUCGCUAAACGUGGCGACUGAUACAAAUAAGAUAGUAUCCGGUUCUAUUAACAAUCAGAAAACGAGCACUUCGGAUGAAAAUCGCCUGAGUGCAAAAUGCUUCGCCAAUGCUCAACAAUUAGGACAAGAAAACUCUUUGUCGUCAUUUUCAAAUUUGUCUACAGACACUGUUGUAAGAGACACGACUGAUGAAACUUUGGUUUCUGUGAUCAAUGGUGAUGAUGGUCACGAUGAUAACAUUCCUGCAAAAGUUAGAGAAAACACGGUUUUAUCUAAUUGUAAAGUAGCACACUUAAAAGGUGCAAACCUAGGCCAUGACGAAGAGGCAGAUGAAAUAAAAGACGUAGAUAAACCGACAGAAGCAGAGCCAGAAGAUUCUGAUUACACCUCAAACUCAGUCGAUGUCUUAGAUGAAUAUCUAAUAAGCAUUUGUGAUACAGAGAACGAGUUACAAACCGAUGUUGGUUUGGCAAACAUACUAAAGCGGAAGGUUACAAGGACCGAAGAUGAUAACAGAAUUAUAGUGCUUCAUGAAUUAAAGGAAAACGAAGGCAGAGAACCAGAAAGUGAAGUGAUAUCUAACAUUAAGGAAAAUGCAAACUGUAGUGGUGAGGAAGAAAAUGCAGAAAACGAAAAUACCACAAUUACAGGUAACAGUGCAAUAGAAACACAUGUAUCACCCGCCGAGACAUGGUUCGAUAUGUUUAAUGUGGCGAGCGAAAGUAUUGACUUUUCCCUUCCACCUUCUGAGUUUCGAAGAAGACUACACGAACGUUUUGAAAUGUUCCCCUUUAAACGUCCUGACUCGUCAACUUCAAGAAUACUUGGCAGGGGGGAAGGCGAGAUGUCGGAGUUUGCUCGUAGUUUGUAUGAGAGCGUAGAAAAUGGUCUGGAGCCGGAAGAAGACCGGAGCAGCACCAGUAGUUCCCCAAUACCUUCCAUCGUCUCUUCCGGUCGCAGUUCGCCUUUCGGAACCGAAACUGGUGUUGAUGUAACUUUUCCAUCUAGUCAUUGCGAGACGCUGGAAAUGGAAGAUCUUUUAGGUGCCGUUGGAGGUCGAGCUGAGAAGGGAAAAAUCUCAGAUAUUGAAAAUGAACAGCAAAGCUCUGAAGUGAAUGACCUUGUACCUGAUCUUCCCGAUCACUGGACAGGAUACAUGCAAGAGCAGUUAUUGAAGUGCAAGAAGGUUGAGGGACUGCCCCGGAGUUUCCGUGCCACGGUGUUCUGUGUGGAUGCAUCGCGUCACGUGUCCAGCACUGAGUGGAGUCACGUCUGCCGUUCUCUGAAAACAUUCCUUGAAUACGUGGGUUGGGUCCGACGGGAGUUCGGGAUCGAGGAGUACGUAGCGCUUGUGAUCACCGGAACGGAAACGUCCGUCACCGUCCACCUCACCACUGACCUCAAACGAGUCGAGGCGGCCCUUGACACUGUUAAACCUGGCGGAGAGUGUUUCAUGUUACCUGCCUUAGCCCUGUCAAUGUACUGCCUCGCACCAUUCCAAGUACGCCGUGCAAUUAUUGUUUUAGGGAGGAGUUUUCCUCAAGUCCAUGACGUCAUAAUGGAAAACAGAAUAAUAGUCAUAUCGGCCGGCCAUGUUAGCCACUGGAGUCAUAGCAUGCCAGUAGACGGCGGGACCGGCCAGAAUGUCACCGAUACAGCGUCGGCGAUACAGGAGAUCACGGACAGUAUCCGGAAGUGGCCGUGGAAAGCCAUCAAGGUGCAGCUUCACCUCGUGCCCGGUGUAGGACAGGUAGACAUGGUGUUCUUCGAGGAGAUCGGGUCUGUGCCGCUGCCGGAGACCAAGGUGGUGGUGCACGAAAGUCACGGGGGUAGCCUCGAUAUGGAACAGCUUGCCAGAUCUACAUAUAACCACUACAUAACGGGCCAGAUCACGUGCCAGAUGUUCCGGGCGAGUGAAGCCUUCCAGAGGGACGUCUUCUGCAACCUUGUGCAAACCCUGUUUCCGGACAGGACGCAUCGCGAUCUGGCGAGCAUGUGUGAGAUAGCAGAGACCGCGCAUGCGGAGUACGUGGCCCAGAAAAACGAACCGGAGUCAGGCGACAGCUGGCGCCUCGAACGCAAGGAGCUGCCUCUUCUAGGAUCUCGAGUGACCGUAGGACCGGAUAUGGACGAAAGCACGAAAGCAUGUGUUGCAGGAAGAGGAACGGUCGUAGGGCAUUUGAAAAGCGGAGGUCAAGUAAGUGUGUGUUGGGAUAAUGGCUACCAGAACGAGUGUUGCUUUAACCCAAAGGGUAAGUAUGAAGCGCUGCCGGACGACUCACCGGUUAACGGACGUGGCCAUGACGUUAUACGACCGGGAUUCACCGUUAGAAGAGGUCCAGACUGGGCGUACGGGGAGCAGGAUGGAGGCCCAGACCAGGUGGGCCACGUGCUGCACGUGAGCCGUGACCGUUCCGUUCUCGUCCGCUGGCCAAACGGCCGCCUCCAGAACUACCGCUACAACUGUGGCGGGCUAUACGACGUCGUCAUAUCGGACGCUGACGACCCCCUGGGGAUGGAAGCAUAUACUACCAAGAUGAACAAGCGAAAUAUGCAACGCUGUACCGCACAACCGGAUCUGUGUCUCACCGUGGCCGCGGGCGGCCGUGACUAGUGCAGCCAAAUGAGUUCUGUUGAAUGUGCAUCAUGAACUCCGCCGAUAAUUUAAGCAUAUCAUGACUAUUGUCUUAACAGUUGUAAUUAAGUGUACAUCAAAUGUACCAUACAUGACGCAUAUUCAGGUUAACUAUAAAAGUAUUGUUUACAUGUGCUCAUAUCUACCGGUGCCAUACUUUUUAUGCCUAAUUAUGAUGACCCACAUACUAGUAAUUUUAAACAGAAGCGUUUGUAGUUUUCGUUAAAGUAUCUUUCUUUCUUUUUAAACUUGAAAUGUUGUUCGAGUUGGUUUAAAAUGAAACAUUAAAUGAUUGUUGAUAAAAAAAAGUCUGGAAAUGAGCUGUUAUCAAGUACUGUCAGGUUCGCUCAUUCGUGUACCGGCGUGACGACACUCUCUCGUUAUCUAGUGUUUUAAACGUUUUGCAAAAGUAUAAUUUGAAAAACUGGUAACUUUCGAAGAGUAAGAAUAAUCAAUAAACAUUACAAUAACUCGCAUAACCACCAUUAAUUCAUUUUGCAUUCAAAUGAAUUAUAUAUUGUCAUUUACAUAUCUUUAUAAUUACACAGUAAUGGACAGCGGCCGACUUUUCUGACGAACCCUACUACUAAACAUAUGAGGGUUUUUUCAUUCCUGUAUUAUUUGUGUCAGUAAUAUUGUUUGUAUCUGCAUUUAUCAAUGUGCCAUUGGAUGUCCGUCUUGCUUGUUUCAUUGGAUGUCCGUCUUCCAUCUGUCCGUCCACAAUAAUAUCGUGCACUGAUUUAUCUACAUUUUUGAAGCAAUCCUAUUAACAGCCAGAGCCAUGGGGUCUUUCUCAGCGUUUGCGAACAGUCCCUGGCAACAUGCACACCAAGUUUCAUUUGAAUAUAUGUAUGACAAACGCUGGCGUUCUUCAAAAAAAGACUAGGUGAUCAAGUCAUAGAAAACCUUUUAAACACAGUUUCAUCGGAUAUCAAUUAAACUUGUUCAAAAUGAUUGACUAUAAAUUCUAGACCAAUACCGAAAAUGAAAAAUGCCGGCUCAAAGACAAGGUCACUACUUCAAAUAAUACAGAAAAAAAAUAAUUCUAAACAGUAUUAUUAUUCGGAAUUGUUGACCAAUAUGAUACUGCUCAGUAUGAAUGUAUUCAUGGACUUUAGGAAUCGUUUGAAUAUGCGACAUGUCACCAAGUACGCCACCAAGUCAAAUCAUACAAACAUCUUGUGACCAAUAAAGUCUUGUUGUUUUUUUUCUAUUUUACUAAAACUGUGAAACUUAUAUGUACCAGAAAUUGGCAGAUAGGCAGUUUCUGGUUAACACAAUUGGUUCGUCUUUCCAUGUCAUUGGCUUCUGUCAUAUUUAUAUCUGAUGGACGUGUUCAUUGCAGAAUGUUAUUGGCUUCUGUCAUGUUUAUAUCUGAUGGACGUGUUCAUUGCAGAAUGUUAUUGGCUUCUGUCAUGUUUAUAUCUGAUGGACGUGUUCAUUGCAGAAUGUCAUUGGCUUCUGUCAUAUUUAUAUCUGAUGGACGUGUUCAUUGCAGAAUGUCAUUGGCUUCUGUCAUAUUUAUAUCUUAUGGACAUGUUCAUUGCAGAAUGUUAUUGGCUUCUGUCAUGUUUAUAUCUGAUGGACGUGUUCAUUGCAGAAUGUCAUUGGCUUCUGUCAUGUUUAUAUCUGAUGGACGUGUUCAUUGCAGAAUGUCAUUGGCUUCUGUCAUGUUUAUAUCUGAUGGACGUGUUCAUUGCAGAAUGUCAUUGGCUUCUGUCAUGUUUAUAUCUGAUGGACGUGUUCAUUGCAGAAUGUCAUUGGCUUCUGUCAUGUUUAUAUCUGAUGGACAUGUUCAUUGCAGAAUGUCAUUGGCUUCUGUCAUGUUUAUAUCUGAUGGACGUGUUCAUUGCAGAAUACAAAUGUACUUUAAGGGACUCGUUCACACAUAAACCAAUUACGUCUGUGUGAAAUUUUAACAUAUGUUUGAAACAUUAAUAAAACAUCAUCACAAGUUCAAAUCAGAGCUCUGCCGUUAAUUGCCACACUACUGCUCGAUUUUGCCGAAGAGCUUUAGCAACGCGUUUGAAAACUGAAUAAUUUACGGCUACUAAAACUACAAUAUUAUGUCUCAAUGAGAAUGUUCCUGUUGCUGUUUGGUAUUUGUUAAAUGAAAGUAUGUAAAUAAAUAUAUUUGAACAAAGUUUGAAAAAAUACAUGUAUGUGAACGAGACACUUAUAACUUGUGUUUUAUUACCAAUUUAUCACAAUGUGAAGCUGUUACAUAAUAACACCGUAUUUUGUACGGUAAGUAAGUACCUUCUUAUAUUUGUAUGCAUUUUUAUCAAAAAAUUUGUUAUUCCAAUAAAAUUGUUGACUUGAAACAUUUCUUUUAUUACACCC